CCCCAGCACAGCUGGGCCUGCAGGUUUAUGCCGAGCUGCAGAUGCGGGUUUCUUUUCCACAGAAUGGGGUUUGUUAAAGUUGUUGAAAAUAAGGCCUACUUCAAGAGAUACCAAGUGAAAUUUAGAAGACAACUAGAGAGCAAGACUGAUUACUAUGCUUGGAAACGCUUGGUAAUUCAGAAUAAGAAGUACAACAUGUCCAAAUACAAGAUGAUAGUUCCUGUAACCAACAGAGAUAUCAUUUGUCAGACUGCUUAUGCCCGAAUUGAAGGAGACAUGAUAGUUUGUACAGCUUAUGCCCAUGAACUCCCAAAGCAUGGUGUGAAGGUUGGCCCGACAAAUUAUGCUGCUGCAUAUUGUACUGGUUUGCUGCUGGCCGGCAGGCUUCUCAGUAGGUUUGGCAUGGACAAGAUCUUUGAAGGCCAAGUCGAGGUGACUGGAGAUGAAUACAAUGUAGAAAGCAUUGAUGGUCAGCCCGGUGCCUUCACUUGCUACUUAGAUGCAGGAGUUGCCAGAACAACCACUGGAAAUAAAGUUUUUGAGGCCCUGAAGGGAGCUUUAGACGGAGGUUUGUCUAACCCUCACAGCACCAAACGAUUUCCUGGCUAUGAUUCAUAAAGUAAAGAAUUCAGUGCAGAAGUUCAUCGGAAGCACAUCAUGGCCCAGAAUGCUGCAGACUAUAUAUAUGUGUUACUUAUUGAAAGAAGAGGAACGGGCUGCUGAGAGCAAAAACCAAACCAUGAUUUUUUUAUGGAAACUUGAGAUAAAGACAACAAAUGUACUGAUG